CAACUGAGUAGUAGAAGGAACCAAAAAGUAGCAAUGGAGAUGUUUAAACAUUUUUUGUUUGAGUUCUUUUGCAUAGUUGCUCUUACAACGCAGCUGGUUCAUGGUCAGAGUCAAUCAGGUUUUGUAAGCAUAGAUUGUGGAAUAUCAGAAAACUCUGGCUAUACUGAUAAGCUAACAGGCCUAAAUUAUACUUCUGAUGCAACAUUCAUAGAGACUGGUGUAAGCAAAAAUAUAUCGCCAGAAUACACCAAUAUCACCCUGGAACAACAAUUCUUGAAUGUUAGAAGCUUCCCAGAAGGUGUAAAAAAUUGUUACACCCUGAAAGUGAAACCAUUACAUGGAAAUCUAAAGUUUUUUAUUAGAGCAAGAUUCAUGUAUGGCAACUAUGAUGGCCAGGGGCAAGUUCCAAGCUUUGAUCUACUUCUUGAAGCUGAUGUGUGGGAUUCAGUGGAACUGAAAGAUGCAUCCACUAUGGUAACAAAGGAGAUCAUUCAUAUCCCCAAGAAAAAUUAUGUAUAUGUCUGCCUUGUGAACACAGGCUCCGGAACACCUUUCAUUUCAGCAUUAGAAUUAAGGCCUGUAAGUAAUUCAACGUACCAAACUGGAUCAGGAUCACUGCUACUCUCUUGGCGGUGGGAUGUUGGUUCAAAUAACAAUGGAACAUCCAGAUACAGAGAUGACCCUUUUGAUCGCAUAUGGACACCCUACAACAGCAACAGCUGGGUAGUGAUAAGCAGUUCCCAGCCUGUUGAUUCCAGUGAUGACAUAUACAGGCCACCAUCUGCUGUCAUGAGGACUGCAGUGGCACCAGCAAAUAUAAGCAAUUCCUUGCAGUUCAGUUGGGACCGCUCAAAUAACAUAUCGGGAUUUUAUGUUUAUUUCCACUUUGCUGAAUUUCAAAGCACAAAAGCCAUAGAAGCAGAAACGAUUGACUUCUCAAUCAUCAGAACUGAAAAUUCAUCCUUACCACCCAUCCUUAACGCUUUUGAGGUAUAUGCAGUAAAGGAAUUCUCUCAAUUCCUAACAAACCAACAGGAUGUUGAUGCUGUCAUGAAUAUCAAGUCAAUGUAUGAAUUGAGAAGCAUUUGGCAAGGAGACCCAUGUGGCCCUAAAAAUUAUAUGUGGCAAGGUAUUAAUUGCAGCUAUGAUGAUUAUAAUCCCCCCAGGAUUAUAUCCCUGAACUUAUCAUCUAGUGGAAUAUCUGGAGAAAUAUCUCCUCAUAUAUCCAGUCUCACUUCGAUAGAAUCUUUGGACUUGUCGAAUAACAACUUGAUUGGACCAGUGCCUGAAUUUUUAUCACAGCUACCACUCCUCACAGUGCUAAACUCAAGUGGAAACAAACUCAAAGGUUCAAUUCCAGCAGCCCUCAUGGACAGAAAACAGAGUGGUUUGCUAUCACUAAGUUUGGAAGGGAAUCCAGAUCUUUGUCCUGAAGCUCCCCGCAAAGGCAGAGAUAAAAACAAACUUGCUGUUCCGGCAGCACUUGUUCCAAUAGUAGCAGCAGUUGUUUCAAUUUGUGUAAUUCUAACUGCAAUGUCUUUUUUAUGGAACUUCAAAUCUAGAAAACAAGAUGGGAAGAAGAAUGAAUCAUUGGAGUCAAAAACUCCGAGGUAUAAAUACUCUGAUUUAGUGAGAUUUACAAAUAACUUUGAGAAGGCUAUUGGAAAAGGAGGAUUUGGAGCAGUUUAUCAUGGAUACAUGGAUGACGCUCAAGUAGCUGUGAAGAUGCUCUCUCCAUCAUCAGUUCAAGGAUACAAGGAAUUCAAAGCCGAGAUUGAGCUUCUUAUGAGAGUUCACCAUAAGAACUUGACAACACUUGUUGGAUAUUGCGAUGAGCCCACAAACAUGGGAUUGAUCUAUGAGUUCAUGGCUAAUGAAAACUUACAAUCACAUCUCUUAGAAAAUGAUGCAGACACCUUAAGCUGGGAAGGGAGACUUCGAAUAGCAACAGAGGCAGCACAAGGAUUGGAGUACCUCCACAGUGGUUGUAAGCCACCCAUAGUCCACAGAGAUGUGAAGACCACAAACAUUUUAUUGAAUGAAAGAUUCCAGGCCAAAUUAUCUGAUUUUGGUCUUUCCAGAAUUUUUUCAGUUGAAAGUGGAACUCAUGUGUCAACAGUUGUUGCUGGCACCCCUGGAUACCUUGACCCUGAGUACUAUAUAUCAAACAGGUUAACAGAAAAAAGUGAUGUGUAUAGUCUUGGGGUGGUUCUCUUGGAAAUAAUCACAGGCAAACCUAUCAUUGAUACUCUUGACCCUGAGAGGACUCAUGUAAGUCAGUGGGUAAGUUUCAUGCUUGCCAAGGGAGAUAUUGCGAAUAUUGUUGAUCCAAGAUUAAAUGGGGAUUUUGAAACCAACUCUGUUUGGAAGGCUGUGGAAAUAGCAAUGACUUGUGUUUCUCCAACUUCUGCUAAAAGACCAACCAUGAAUCAGGUAGUAAUGGAACUGCAUGAGGCUUUGGAAAUGGAGGUAGCCCGUAAGAAGAUGGGCAAGGAUGCUGAAUCAAAAGAUUCUAUGUUGUCGAUGAAUUUGAAUCUCGACACUGAAAUGUCUCCUAAAUUAAGGUAAUACUUUACAAAAUGUGUCCCACUUAAACCACGCAUAAAUCGAUGUUUCUUCAUGUUCCAGGUCUUGGAAUAACCUUCUUGUGUACUUCAAGAAAAUUAAAAGAACAGAGCUGCUGCAGGUGUUGAAGCAGAAAAUAGAAGAAUACAGCAAUAUUAGGUGUUUGACAGACAUAUUUAUGCAUAAGCAGGGCUGCGUAUAUGAAUAUAUACUUAAAUUUUGUUCAUGUUAAACAAUGUAUGGACAUGUGUUUCCUUCUCCAAAUUUCUAGAUCUCUUACCCGUAGGAAGAAGAAUAGCUCUAAACCCUAAUGAAACAAGUUUUGAUUUAGAAAUAACACUUGUUAUGGCAUGACAUGAC